AUGAGCGCCGCCGCAGCAGCCGCGUCCUCACCUUGGUUCCCAAUCCCAACCCUCAACGCCGAAGACUCUGAGCUGGAAAAGUCGGUGACGCAAGGUGCACGAACCUACCUUGCCCAGCACGUCGGCGUCCACAAUUUGCUUCGGCACGGGUCUCGCUUCCAUCAACCCGCAGACCGCAAAGCAGCUGAACGAAACCCGGUCCCACCACCUAACCCGCCGUCACCUUCAAAGGGCUUUGGACGAAACAGCGACUUGAUUCCGGAUACCAUGCCAAAUCCGUAUUCUGGUGGAAUGCAGCAAAGAAUGCCCCAUGCGGGAGAUCCCGGUGUCUUUCUGAAUAGCACGUCGGCGGCCGCGUCGAUGAUCGAGUCUCUACCAGCCGUCAUGGCUGGAUUCUAUUUCAAGCGCCGGAGAGAAAGGCUGAAUUGGAAGUUAUUAGCGUCCUUGAAUGUGGACCAGAUCACGAAGGAGGUUGACAUCAAGUCUUUGCAGGAAAUGAUGGAGAACCUCACUUUCUGCGACAUCGAGGCUGAAGAUCGAUAUGCCGAUCCAAAUUUCAUCAAGCUGAUUCAACUAUCUCAGCUCACAAUCGAAUACCUGCUACACUGCCAGAAUUACCUGCUGGAUCAGCGUCAGUCUUUGGCAGGACAAACCGAGGCUCUCAAUGGUUCCGUUGUGAGAAUGCGGGCAGAAAAUGCUAAGCAGAGCGCAGAGAUACAAGCGCUUCGGAAAGAAACUCGCGUGCUCCGAAAAAGCAUGUAUGCGUAUCAGCUCAUGACCAAAAUGCCGGGAGAACUUGGGCCGGCGGCCGCUCCGCCGCCGCCAAAGGAAAAGACACAUCCAACCACCUAUUACCGAUGUCCGUUUUGCCCGAAGAUGUUCGUGAACCACCCCUAUGUUGAAAGCCACGUGCAACGACGGCACGGGGACAUGCCACAGUCACAAAAAGCCGCACCGAAAGCUGAGCAGCCGAAGCAGCCACCGGCUCAGCCGACAAUGGAAGAGAUAAUGGCAGGGUUCGAUAAAGUCAGUGGGCGAAUCGGCGACGUGGAGAAACAGCUACGAGAAGAGAUGGAGGCCAAAGUAGCAAACGAAAUGGCCAGCCGGCAAAAGGCAUUAGAUGAUGCGUUGGCUCAGGAGAAGCUGCGGUUCGAGCAGGAAUUACAACAUCUAAGAACAACGGCGACGCAGGAGCGUGAGCGCGAACGUCUGGAGUUGGAGGAGGCAAAAUCACGCUUGCGAUCAGAUACGGGGAAAAAAGACGUAGAUGAUGACAAGGAGGAAGAAGCCCGUCGAUUGGAACGUGAGAGGGUGCAGAAAGACAUCGAUGAUUUGAAAAGGGCUGUUGCUGGAUCACAGAGCGGCGCCCAGACCGGAGUCAAUGCUCAUCUCAGCAAAGCCGCAUCGCAGAUCGAGGCGCUGCAGAAAGCUCUGGAGGACGAGCGGAAUGAGAACGACGAGCUGAGUCGGAGACAGACGAAUGACUGUCAGAGGCAUGUGCAGGAGAUGAGAGAUUUGGAGACCAAACGCGCGGCGGAUGCGGCGCGAAUUGCAAAACUGCAGGGGUCUCUGGAAACCCUCAAAACACGCCUUGAUCAGGGCUCGGGACUCCCACAGGGUGGAGUGCAGGCAUUCGCGUACACAGAUUCCGACUCCGGGCCUGAGCUAGUCACCUUUCCCGCUGAGGCAAGGGUCAAGAAGAAUCAGCCACUGACCUGGGAUCGUGUAGAAGCGUUGAUGAAAGAGCAUAAAGAGACCCCAAUACCAACUUCUUCAUGGUUGAAAACCAUGUAUCCUCACGAUCCGGCCAUGCUGACGGGACAGAGAAACGACAUCAGCGCCGCAGUCGAUCACCAGCUGAGCAAGCUAGGCAUAAAUGCGCCAGAUGUUUACGCCCAGUGGGGGAUAGAGGAGACACAUCGAGACAUUUCCACCCUGCUUGAUACCGCACAAGCCAAUCUAGACCGGAGACAGGCGGAAGCAGCGACCAAGAACCCAUUGUAUGCUCGGAUGCGUGCCUGGCUGGAAGAAACUGUCGACGACGUGGCAAAAGGGCAUCGCGGAAAGCGAGGGUUGAAGCCUCCGCCGAUUGUGACGGAUGCGAAGAUGUCCCCGAUGCGCUUUGAGCCGCAUACGCCAAACGCGGAGGAACGAGGAAGAAAGAUCACCCGCCGAGGGCCCCGGCAGGACCGACCCAGACGCGGAAGAGCCACCACUGGACCGCCAUCGGCUGUUCCUGGGUCUGCGCGAGGACUCUCGCUCGCGGCUGGUUCGCGGGGUGGGGUAAGCGUUGACCGUGGACGACUACUAUUAGCUUCGCAGCCGCGUGGUAGUGUGAUUAGCAGCUUUAUGGGAGGUGCAAAGGACAAGCUUUUGUCCACGUUCAAAAGAGAUCCGGGCCCGUCGCCAUAUUCGGCGAUGGCGCCAACACCGACUGUUGGGGGUAUGCGGUUUCCAUCAUUGAAACGCGCAAAGGGCGGCCAGGAAGCGGACGUGAAUUGGGACGAUGAAGGCAGCAGCGACUAUUCUGGAUCCGAUGCCACAGCUUCUUCCCCAGUCCGACGCACCCAGGGACCGCAGCGAGCCCCAUCGCCGCGCAAAUCGUCUCGCCGACGAAACUUUGAACGCCAACUCGAGGCCAAAUCGCCACACUCUGCCAGGUCCACGCGUGAGAACAUGCCUCCCAGCCCUCAGCGGGGUCGAGGACAGUCUAAGCAUCCUCCAGCCGGCCGCCCACGGGUUGUCAUGCCUCCUAAUCGACGGCUAUCCAUCUCCGUGCCACCAUCUCCGAACAAACUUAAGGAAGGGUUCUCGCGACUGACCCGGGCAUUGUCUUUCACCAGGGCACAGCCGUCAGCAGCGGAUUAUUGGGGACGGAAGGCAUCAAUGAACGGCUCCCCAAUCCCUCCGUCGCCCAUGUCUGCUCUACCUCGCCGCGCGCCAAAUGAGUACAGAAACGGACCGAUGAGCGCCCAACCCUUCGAGCGGAAUCAACGUAAAGAGAGGCGAGACGGUCCAGGUUCACCCACACGGUCGCCGAGGCAUGCACCAUAUGCGCAAAAGCAUCGCCGUCCACCAGAACAGGAUCGCCGAAAAGAAGUGGAAACGGAAUCGGAAUCAGAAGAAGAAUCCAUCUCGCCGCAACGCCCUCAGCGGAGUCACAAACCAAAACGGGGUGCUAAACCUCUACAGCACACCCCUGUGGAGGCUUUCGCGGAUUCCCCUUCACCGUCUCCACCGAGGGGAAAGGCCCGUGGCACGCAUCGACCGCAACGCCGGAAAAGGGGUGAACCUGCGGUUUCCUCCAUGAGUGAUGGAACGCGGACAGAAUCAUCUGAUGCGUUGUCAUAUAGCGAGACGGCAUCGGACGUAUCAGUCCCCGAACCUGCACCGCGGUACAGAGGUGGGCAUGCAGGAAAGCAGGGCAAUCGCGCGGUACAAGCCAUCCUGGAAGAAAGCGAAGAAAGCGGGUUGUCAAAUGUCCCCCGUAAGUGGCUUCCGAACGUCCGCCCACUUACUCGCGUGCCUCUACCAGGCAUGAAUGCCGCAUCCCGUGCACAACAGCAUCCCCACCAGCAGAUACAGUCUCAGCCGCACUCCCUAUUUCCAUCUGUGAGAGAGCCCACAACAAUACCUACCUCCAUACCAGCGCAACAACAAGCUCCGGCGAGAACAGGCUACGAACGAGCACAGGCGGCGCUCGGUCUGUCCUCCCUACCGCCGCGGAAUCAAGCAGCUGGAAGUAUCCCACAACGGAAAGACGAAUCGGACUUUGAUGUGAGCUCGUUGGAUGCCAGCGAAAGCGAGACAUCUCGUACGCGGCCGCUGGGGACUGCUCCGAAGUCGGGGCCGAGCACAGGAGUCCCUCUGAGAAAAGUUUCGGAGGCGUCGAUCGUCACAGAUGAUUUCGAUGACUUGGACGAUGUCCUGAUUUCGGAAGACUCAUCCGAUGAACCGGUCCAGAAGGUGACGUCCAGACCUGUAGGCAAAACACUCGGGAAGGACCCUCAGUCCUAUGGCGCAUCAUCGAGGCAGGCCUCGAACGUAUCGGCUACAGGACCCACACCCGAUCCGAACUCUGAGAACGUUGCCGACGUGCUGAAAGAGCUUGGCUCGAUCACUGAAGAUGAAGACCUGGAUCUUGACGACGAUAGUAACUGGGACUAA